CCACCACCACUACAACCACAACCACUACAACUACUACCACAACAACCACAACCACUACAACUACUACCACAACAACCACAACCACUACAACUACAACCACUACUACAACCACUAGUACUACCACAACCCCAACGCCGAGAAAGCCACUCCCCGUAACUUGUUCUCCUGGUGGCGAUAUGUACAUCUACUGCCAAGAAACGGUAUCCGGGUACUACUAUAGUACAAAGACCCAGAAGUGCCGGCAUACUGAGGAAGACAUUAACUACACCUGCCCGUAUUCAGGGAGGCUAUACAAGACCAGCCUUGACUGCCAAAAUGAAUGCUUCUCUAUGUUUGGUGGAAACCCUGAAGAGUGCGAAACAGCUCCUCUUCCACUGUACUCGCGGUGCCGGGCGAUUGACAUGAUAGAAGGCGCAUGGUGGUUUUUCAGCAGCGACGUCAACCAGUGCGCGGAAUGGGACUUCCCUGAGGGCUCCUGUCCCCAUCUGACCGGCGAAGAACAAUACAGAAGCGAAGAGGCAUGUAAACGCAGCUGCAGCGGUCCAUACGCCACCCAGAAGACCUCCUGUCGGUGGCCGGAAAGAGAAGUCUGCGACAUAAUGCACCUAAAGUACCAAUCUGCCAUGGCCUAUAUGGGAUACAAAACUUGCGUUUCUUCGAGCGCUCCUGGUGUGAAGUUGCAUUGCUAUUUAAACCGAACGGCACUCUACAGCACUGAGGAGGAGUGCCAGAAGAACUGCAUGGGCGCCGUUAAGAACUGGGCCUCACGCAGAACAUGACACCUACGUUAGGCCAACCACGGGUGGACACGACACUCUCGCAGUACUGUGAGCCGUGGUUUUGUUCGGGCGUUCGGUCUCUUGCGGAAACCCAUCUCCAUGGGUCACCGCGCACCGCAGCCUUUUUUGUGGAAAUUUCGCCUUGAACUCAUUUUUUCCCUUUCCCUUUUCUUUCCGUUCCCUAUAAUAGACUCUGCGCUUUUUCGAUGCCACCUAUUUAUGCAUGUACCGUCUUUCCGAAGCAUUGGACAUAUUGUUACUAUAACGCGGGAAUUUUAUACUUUGAUAUACUUCGCUAACCUUGAUGACAGUGCAAGAGCUUUUUGAGAGCAGCAACUGGAAUACAGCUUCAGCAAUACUUUUCAUAAAGUG